AUGAACUCUGUUUUUUCUAUAGGGACAACAGCAGAGGAGUGUGUUUCUGAAGUACCUGACAAAGUGGAGGAGAAUCUACCAGUCCUUCAACAGACUGCUGAUGAGGCUACAUCUGAGACACAGGAGUUGGCCUCUUCCAGACUGACAGAUGUCAAGGAGACCAUGAUCAGAGUGGUAGAUAUGACCAAAGAGGCUGUGCAGGACAAUAUGAAGACCACCAAAUCAGUGGUAACUGACAGCAUGAGCACAGUUGUGGAAUCAAGAAUGGGCCAAUUGGCCAUAAGUGGAAUGGAAGCAGUGCUGGAGAAAUCUGAAGAGCUCUUGGAUCACUAUCUUCCCAUGACAGAUGAUGAACUAGCUGAACUUGCUGAAUCUGUGGAAGAGGCUGAAGUGUCUUCAGCACAACCACAAGAGCAUCGGAGUUACUUCGUGCGUUUAGGUUCCCUGUCAACCAAACUUCGCCAACGUGCCUACCGCUACUCUCUAAACAAGAUUAGACACACCAGUCAAAGCAUCAGAGAGGCUCUUUCCCAGCUUCAUGAAACCAUGGGACUGAUUGAAUACCUUAAGCAAGGUGUUUCUCUUCAAGAAGUCCAGGAGAAGUUCCAUCAUAUAUGGUUGAGCUGGAGUAGAGAGCAGCCAGAAAGCAGUGAAAUCAAGGAUUUCGCAAAACCAGAGAUGGAGUCUGAGACCCUGGCUAUGUCCCGCAGCGUUAUCCAGCAGCUGCAGGAUGCCUGCCAGAUGCUAGUAUCCAGCAUUCAAGGUCUCCCCACCAACUUUCAGGAUAAGGUGAAACAGAUGUAUCACAAUAUGGAAGAGCUUCAUUCAUCCUUCUCCACUGCCCAUUCCUUCCAGGAUCUCUCCAGCAGCCUCCUAACCCAGAGCCAGGAGAUGGUGACCAAGGCCCAGGAAUAUGUAGAUGAGCUGAUGGCAUACCUGAUGGAAAAUACUCCUCUGCCUUGGGUUGUGGGACCCUUCAUCCCAUCGGGUAAGGGGUCUGCAGACACGAUUGAACCACACAACCAAGAAAAUGAGGCUGAGGAAGCCUCCAAGUCUAAGGAGGCCCUGUGACCUAGAAACCUUAAACUUCUAAGGAAGAAGGCAAACUCAUUCAGUCUUCCUUCUGACUUGAUGUGUACUAGCAUAUGUCAAGAAAGACACCAGUGGCUAGUAGUCAUAUGCACUGUGCCUAAAUCUCUCCUAAUUUCUGGCAGUGUUGUGACUGCUAUAAUGUAGAUCACUUCUCAGAUACUA